AUCAAGGGAUGAUCCGUAGCUGAUCCUCAAAUGAAGCCAUAUCUUCAUGCUGAUUAAAGGUUUCAUGGAUUUAAUUUGACGGAUAUGGUAUAAAAGGCCACAUCUUGGUUAAUUCAAAAACAAGGUGAGGGACUGGUAGACGGUGACCACCAACAUGUUCAACGACAGUAUUCAUUGGGAGGCGAGAGUUCUACCAGCAGGUCCACCACGCCUAUUGGGAUGGAACGUCCCUGCCGAAGAAUUGGUACACGUACCGGAACAUUGGCUGGUCUUUCCUGAGCCCAAUCCCUCCCUUCAUUAUAUGCUGGCCCUGUUAUAUAUAUUAUUCACAUUCAUUGCUUUACUUGGCAAUGGUCUCGUCAUAUGGAUAUUUUGCGCUGCCAAAUCCUUGAGGACUCCCUCGAACAUGUUCGUUGUGAAUCUUGCGAUUUGCGAUUUUGCCAUGAUGAUGAAGACACCAAUUUUUAUAUACAAUUCAUUUAACACGGGCUUUGCUUUGGGCAAUCUGGCAUGCCAGAUUUUUGCUACGAUUGGUUCAUUGUCUGGCAUUGGUGCAGCGGUAACUAAUGCUGCGAUAGCAUAUGAUAGAUACAGUACCAUAGCCAGACCAUUGGAUGGAAAAUUAUCACGUGGUCAAGUGAUCCUCUUCGUUGGAUUAAUUUGGGUUUACGUUUUGCCUUGGGUAUUAAUGCCUGCGAUGGGUGUUUGGGGUCGUUAUGUACCUGAAGGAUUUCUUACAAGCUGUUCUUUUGAUUAUUUAACCGAUACCGCUGAAACAAGAUAUUUCGUUUUAACUUUAUUUAUUUUCUCCUAUUGUUUACCAAUGUCACUUAUUGUAUAUUAUUACAGUCAAAUUGUUAGUCAUGUUGUUAAUCACGAAAAAGCUCUUCGAGAACAAGCAAAGAAGAUGAACGUUGAAAGUUUACGAAGUAACGCCAAUCAGAAUGCUCAAUCUGCUGAAAUUCGUAUAGCGAAGGCUGCUAUUACGAUUUGUUUCCUAUUUGUUGCCGCAUGGACACCAUACGCAGUACUUGCUAUGAUCGGUGCAUUUGGAAACAAAGCGUUGCUUACUCCCGGUGUUACUAUGAUACCUGCAUGCUUUUGCAAAAGUGUUGCCUGUAUUGAUCCAUAUGUUUAUGCGAUCAGUCAUCCAAAAUACAGACUCGAGUUGCAAAAACGAUUACCAUGGUUAGAGCUUCAAGAGAAACCAAUCGCAUCCGACAGUGCAAGUACAACUACCGAAACUGUAAAUACAGCACCACCAGCUUCGAGUUAAUCUACUUCUACAUUUGACACAAUAACGGAUCGAUGAUAAAAAGAAAAUGAGAAAAGUACGCUUGUAAUACUCCGAUUGUAUGAUUGCCUUCACUGUAACUCAAAAUAUGUGAUUAUAUUCUUGUAUAGUAAAUGACAUUCCAAUAAAGUAAAUCCCUGGCAUAUAA